GCACAUCAUUUGUCAAUGUCAUUGAACUGACAUCUGAAUUCAAGUUCAAAAUCAAAUGUCAAUAUUGUAAGACGAAGACGAUGUUCUUGAUAAAGUGAAUUUAUCUACAAAAUAAUUAUACUUAAACCGCAAUGAAAUGAACGCCAUUGUGGGUUUGUGUCAUUUCUGUGAGGCCCAUGGACCACGGCCAUUGUUUUGUACUUUCACUACAGACAAUGAUAAAAAUACGACAGAAUCUUCAAGAGCUAGUGUUCAGUGCAGUGGUUGUACUUCUUUGGGACCAGAGACCGUGUUUGUGUCUCGCGAAGACGAUGGGACGAUAUACUGUAGCAGGGAAUCGGUGCCCAAUGCUGACGUAACUUCAUUUUUGAGACAGGCUGCGAUAAGAAGUAUCACAUGCGAAGUAAAUUGGAAUAAGGAAGGUGGUGUGGUUUACUUCAACGAUGCUCAUGGGCAUGUCUUAAGCCUCACAUUCCAACUCAAAGAUACAUGGGCUCGAGGGUUAAAAAGAUGGUUCUCAAUAGUAGUUUUGAUGAAGGACAAAAUGCUGCUCCUAAAUAUAACACCUCUACUUUCUGAACAUAUGCAGAAAAUAGCAAAGGAAUUACAAGCCUUGGCUGAGGUGGUGUUUGAUGCUGAACAAAAGGUUUGUUCCCAAAGAGCUCUCAGGUUGAAGACUGGUAGAAAUGACUUUGUACAGUCCAGGUCAUUGAUGCACCUAACUGGGGAUGACAAUGUGUUCAAAAGACUACACUCUCAUUUUACAUGGAUGCUAAAGGCUGGUGCUCACACAUAUUCAGAAACUUUGUACACCAGCCAAGAUUUGCUCAAGAAGUUACAACCUCAUUCUGUGAAGAGAUCAAUAUUUGAGCCGGGCACUUGUUCUGUGCCUAGUGACAAAGAGUGUAUGUCUCUCAGAUUGUUGGAAAAAACGGUCUCGAAAGCAGUGUUUAGAAUUUUGAUGUACUGUAGCUUGACUGGAAUUUAUAUUGUUAUAAAAUCAAAUAAUGUUGAAGCAGCAACCAUUGUAAAUGGCUUGGCCAGAUUACUGCCAAUUAAUAUGUCAAAUAACCAAAGAAUACGGCAGUACAGAAUUGAUGAACAGCUACCACCCAUGGUAUGCCUAUUAGAAGAAACUGAAAACAAUAAUUUUAGUUAUAAAUGGACUAGUGCAUUACCUGCUAAAUGUCCUACAUUGAUGACUCGAAUAGAGAAUUCAAUGAAUAAUGAGAAGUUCAAUGAUGAUGUUUUGCAUCAGCAUUUGAAAUCUCUUCAGUUAGAAUGGCUAGGAAUAGCUAAAGCAGUGAAGGCAGCUAUAGAUUCCUCAGGUUCUAAAUCUGAUGCAGUAGCCAAAUUGAAAAAAGUGUUUGGAAUAGGACAGCAUGAUGAAUCUCUUGUAAAUUAUUGGAUGAGUUCAUUUUGUAGCUGAAUGAAGAGUCUGUUAAACUUUCAAAUUUCAUUUGUUAACCCUGAAGGGGAAGCUAGUGAUUCAACUAUUACAAAAAGAAGUAAUAAAGUCUGUGAUAUCAAA